AUGGCGACUGCUACUACUACCGAUUUCCCACUGGCAACGGCCGACCCCUACAGCGACGGUGGUGAUGGCGGUUCUGGUUCGGCCAACGCAGGCGGGGGUGUCGACGACGCAGCUGGUGCUGCUGGUUCAAGUCCCGGUGCUGUGCAGAUUUCACAUGGUGCCACAGUCGCUAUCAUCGUUGUAGUUGCCGUUGUUGGUGUGCUUGGGAUCUCGAUGGCGGUUCUGUUCUACCUGGCCAAGAAGAGGGAGUGGAAGGUUAGAGAGAGCAUCCGGCGGUCGGCUAGGAAAGUCGUCACGGCGCUCACACCCCGUCGCUCCGAGUUUCCAAAGUCAGUCAAAAAAUCUACGGGUAGAUCAUCCCGAGGUCGUGUUCGCCUCGACGACGUACCGCCAACACCAAGGCUUCGGCCCGAGGAUAUCGAGAAGGGGAUCGCCAUGUCAAACAUCCGACCAGGUCCUGAAGGCAGGGCAAAGAAAUGGACGAGGAAGUAG